GGAACAGUGCUCAGGUCCUGAGUUCAAGUUCCAGAAUCAUACACACAGAUAGGCCCCCCCAUACACACACACAGAGUAAAAAAAAAAAAAAAAAAAGAAAGAAAUGGACUCUUAGUAAUGACCAGUGUUUUGUGAGUGCUGAAAUCAUUUUGCCAUGUUAGAAGACACAUUUUCAGAAGAAGACAUCUGGGAAUAUAAAUCAAAAAGAAAACCCAAAUCAGUGCAUCCAGAUAAGUGCUCAGAAAAUAUUCCAAAGGCUACUGAAAACGGGACAGAUGGAAAAUACCAAUCAAAUUGCAAAGGAAGCAAAAAAAGAUCCCCAGAGAACGAAGAGAAAACGAAGGACCGUGGCAUGUGCCUUGGGGAAACAGGUUGUCAGACUUCCCCAGCUUCUCCUCAGAAUUCAAGUUGUAGAGAUGGUCUCCAGCAGUCCCAAGACAAACAGAGUACUCCACGCAGGCACUGUAAGACUCACAAGAACAAACACGUGUCCCCAAAGAUACGACCAGUUUAUGAUGGAUACUGUCCAAACUGCCAGAUGCCUUUCUCCUCUUUGCUAGGACAGACACCUCAGUGGCACGUUUUUGAAUGUUUGAAUUCUCCACCAGUCUCUGACAUAGAGUGCCCUGAUGGUUUUUUGUGUACUUCGACAUUUCCGUCUCAUUAUAAGAAAUACACCCACUUCCUGCUUGCUCAAAAGAGGGAUAGCAAGGAGCCUUUUCUCAUUGUGUCACCUGCAUCAAGUGGGAAUAUCUGUGAGACAAAGCCUGGCUUCGUUUGUAACCUUGAAGAAAGAUGGUCUCAGCAUCCAAAGCAAACUGGGAACUUAGGAAAUGUUUCCAAUGGUUCUUUAUUGAUAUCCCAGUGUCCAAAAAGGUCUCAGCUUCUAACUGACAGUAAUCAAAAGAUUUCUUUAUCCGCAAAUUCUAAAACACCACCACAGGUUCCACAGUUUCCAGAAUUUAAGAAAGACAAACUGGUAGGCGUUGCUUUGCCUCUGAGUACGGAGGAAGAAGUGGACAACCAAAGCAGCACAAGACGCACAAGCUUGUCACUGCCAGAAAAUGCCUUUGACAGCUGCGAAAUCUCCUAUUCUCCACUUCAAAGUGAUGAAGAAACUUAUGAUGUAUAUGAAAAGCUGGAUGAGUCACAGCAGGAGCUAUUUUCUACUGAAAGCUCUAAAGAUGGCAGCCUUGAGGAUGACAGCAGCUCUGCUGACUUGGAAAGUCUGCCUGGUUCCUCCCUGAAGGACCCAGAAGAGAGCUGCUCCCAAAUGAAUCUCUUCCCAACUCAAGAUGAGUAUAGUGAAGAAUUGUAUAACUGCAGUGUUCUAAGUGCUUCAUCUCAGCUCACCUCCCAGUCUGAGAGCAGUAUUCCACACAAUGAAUCCACGUGCACUGAUGAUUAUUUUUUGUUGUUUGCACCUGCAUUAAGAGGACAGCUUCCUCUUAACUAUCAAACAGCUAACACAUACCCUAAUGAGCCACAGUUUCACACAUCUCAACCAGAUAAACAGAAGCAAGUAGUUGAAGAAUCAGCUGUGUAUAAUCAAGUUUCUUUGCCAUUACUUAAGAGAAAGACAUCAAAACCUUUCAGAAGCCAGGGAGACCAUCCAACCCAAAGGCAAGCUAGAGAACUACCAAGUAAGAACAGUGCCAAAUCAGCAUGUGUCUACAGAAAGGCCUCAAAGGGUAUGCUAGAUGGUAAAGCUUUAAAUACAGAAAAAUAUUCUAGUACACCCACUAAGUCUUGUUUCCAAACAUCACCCUCUGCUCCUAAGUGCCAUGCAAGCCAGCCUUCUACCAAAGUAAUGAAGCAGAUGGACAUAGGUGUGUACUUUGGACUUCCACCCAGAAGAAAAGAGGAAAAAUUGCCCAGGGAAAGUGCAUUAAAAGGGACAGACACGAGUCUAGGUGUAAGUCCUCACGAAAAGAGGUCCGGGCAGUGCAAGAGGAAAGCAGAAAAAUCUUUAAGUGACUUAGAAUUUGAUGCAAAGAACUUAAGUAAGAGUCAGCCCUCCAUGGAACUCUCUGGGGAGAGAUCACCUCGGCGAAGAAAGAGACAUAAAAAGUCACAUUCACCCCAGGAAGGAGCUCAUCAAAAGAGAUGGGGUCACCUUAGUAGCAGAACUGAAGCUGGAGCAGUCCAUUCAAAUGCAGACAGAGUCUUUGUGAAAUCAGCCUGUGGCAGGCCACAAAGAAGGAAUGUGAGAAUUCCAGACUUAUCUGGUACUGGAGAGCUAAGAAAAAGGGCUUGUCCAUUCUAUAAGAAAAUACCUGGUACUGGCUUCACAGUUGAUGCCUUUCAGUAUGGUCUGAUUGAAGGAUGCACAGCCUACUUCCUCACACAUUUCCAUUCUGACCAUUAUGCUGGGCUGUCUAAAAGCUUCACUUAUCCAAUCUACUGUAGUGAGGUAACUGGCAAUUUGUUGAAGAACAAGCUUCACGUGCAAGAACAAUAUAUCCAUUCACUGCCAAUGGAUACCGAAUGUACAGUGAACAACAUCAAAGUUGUUUUGCUUGAUGCCAAUCAUUGUCCAGGUGCGGUCAUGAUCCUUUUCUGCCUUCCUAAUGGUGCUGUUGUGUUGCACACUGGAGACUUCAGGGCGGAUCCCAGUAUGGAGCGCUCUCUCCUUGCUGCCCACCGAGUGCACACGCUGUACCUAGACACCACAUAUUGCAGCCCAGAAUACACCUUUCCAUCUCAGCAGGAGGUUAUCCAGUUUGCCAUCAACACUGCCUUUGAGGCUGUAACUCUAAACCCACGUGUUCUUGUUGUCUGUGGCACCUACUGCAUCGGAAAAGAGAAAGUCUUCCUAGCCAUUGCUGACGUUUUAGGCUCAAAAGUGGGCAUGUCCCAAGAAAAAUACAGAACACUGAAGUGCCUCAACAUACCAGAAAUUAAUUCUGUCAUCACUAUGGACAUGUGCGCCUCUUCUGUCCACCUUCUCCCAAUGAUGCAAAUUAAUAUUAAGGGUUUACAAAGUCAUUUAAAGAAAUGUGGUGGGAAAUAUGAUCAGAUUCUGGCUUUUCGACCUACAGGAUGGGCACACUCCAACAAACUAACUAGUAUGGCAGAUGUUACUCCCCAGACCAAAGGAAACAUUUCAAUAUACGGAAUUCCCUAUAGUGAACACAGCAGCUAUCUAGAAAUGAAGCGUUUUGUCCAAUGGCUGAGACCCCAGAAGAUCAUCCCCACUGUGAACGUGGGCACCUGGAGAUCCCGGAGCACGAUGGAGAAAUAUUUUACAGAGUGGAAAUUAGAAGCUGGCUACUGACAACCGGGGACACGGGAGUGGUUAGGUGCCACUGCUGUCGUGGACACAGAACAUGCUUUAUGUGACAACCUCAGGAAGAGCACUCAUUCGCUCCUGCUCAUUUGUGUUUGAGUCACGUGUUCCUCAAAACCACUGAGAAUAAGACUCCCCAGGAGCCCUCAUUUCCCGUCCUUCUCCCCAUGGAGACAGUUAUUCUGCAUUAGACCUUAAUUUGGGGAAACAAAGGCAGGUUUGUGGACCAAAAAGAAUUAUGGUAAUAGGUAGCCUAAGAUGGGCAGUAUUAUAUGUAAGUAAUUAUGUAUCUUUAAAAUUAUAAAAUUAACUUUUAUAUAAUAAAUAUUCCUAAAUAAAAAUGAAUACAAAGCUU